AUGGUACGGUCACAGUGUCAAUCAGUAACGGAAAAGUAUCUUUCCUUUCAAUUAAGUCGGGUUCGUUUGUCUCCGGUCUUCGGUUCACAAGUUGAGCCCCUUGUUGUAACUGGCAGCACUCAAGAAGAGGUGAAUAGCGUAUGCGUGUGGCAGUAUAAUCGGUAUGCGGAGUACAAAGCAAGCUAUGCUAAUGCGGAAUUGAACGAUGGGAUACCGACACCUCUCACCGAUUCAGCCGAUGAACCGCGUUUGGUCUGUUCUACGACGCAUGCGGGCAGUGUACAACAACUGAAAACUCACACCGACUCUCGGCUCAUAUUCGCUGGUAGUUCAAUGGGUUUUGUAAGCAUCUACAGGCUUGAACUGCCAGAAACCGAGAGAGACGCCUUCCGCGUGCACCAGGUGGGCAUGUGGUCGCGUGUCCCCUCCAAUCCUGGGGACGAGCUCCCCCGCACCGAUGUUCCCAUCUCGGAUGUCUGUGUAUCCGCUGACGCCUUCCAAGUCUUUGUCGGGAACGACCUUGGCGAGCUGUUUGUCUUGGACACUGAAGCGCUCGCCGUUAAACGGAAGCUAACCGUCGCAGCCCUUGGCUUUGAUUUAUCAACAAUCAAUGCUAUCGAAUCAAUCGACCCCUCAUGCAUUGCAACUGCAAAUCAACUUGGACAGUUGAAUGUUUGGGAUCUGCGCUCUCCAAACACAUCUGAUCUCCCCCAAAAACGGAUUGUUCCCAGUACGGGAGAUCCGCGUCCACUACUGUGCCUAUCUCAGCAUCCCGGACAGUCGCACUUGUUGGCGGUGGGUGGCGUAGAUAUCACCAGCGGUGGAGGCAAAACGACAACGACUACAAAUUACAUUUGGGAUCUGCGAGAGGAGCGUCAUCCGCUAAGUGAGAUCGUCUGCCGAGGCAGUGCUGUAUGGGAGGUUCGCUUUCACCCGCACCAACCACAGUUUCUCUACCUCGCUACAGAGGCGGCUGGUCUUAUGUGUAUUCACUCACCUUUUUCAGCGGAUAUAUAUUGUAAUGAAAUGGAAGAACAACAGGAGUCCAAGCAGCUCGAAUCCACGUCUGACAUAAAGGCUCCGUCGGCCGAUGUUGUCAUGGCAGCUUCGACUGCACAUGAUGAAAAAGAUGAUGACGAGGAUGAUGAAGAAGAGGAGGAGGACAAAAUUGUCGAAAAAUCUCACAAUAACCGCUUUCAUAAACGUAAUAAGCGGUUGCCAACACAAAUUGGUGGUGUCGACAAUACAUUUAUCGCCAUUGAACCCAAGUCUGGAAAAGAAGUCAUGUGGAAUGAGAGGAUGUUACCGGAAAAAAAGACAGAGCGCGAUAACAGGUUUUUAACUAUUGUGAAGAAGCUCAAAAAACAAACUCACCCCUUUCUUAUUCGAUUUUUGGAUGCUUGGAUAACAAAAAAUGACUCUGGACCCAGAAAAUUAGUUUUCGUGAAUGAGAGGUUGGACGAUGGCACUUUGAAGCAAUUUCUUUGUAAUUCCACUUCGAGGUCCAAAUUGCUGUGGAGACGGCACAUUGGUCAGUUACUUUCUGUACUUAUGUACCUCCAUCGACUUGGUGUUACCCAUGGUAAUUUGAAAAAGGAAGCAAUCUACUACCAGAGCUCAGGAAAUCUUAAAGUCGGACCAUUUAUGCUCGACUCUUUUUUCGAUCAGAAAUCUCCGGCUGCUGACAUCUAUGCGCUUGGAGUCCUGGCGCUUGAGAUUGCUGUGUGGACCCAGGCAUUCGAUGCUCAAGUCAGUUCAGAGGAGGAGAAAGUCAGAGUUAUGCUGGCUAGUCUUGCUGAUCCUCACCAACGCAGCUUUAUCGAGGCUUGUUGUGAUCCCAAUCCAUCCAACCGUCCCAAAAUCAAGGCGCUACUCAACCAUCCAGCUGUUGCUGAAGUACCCACUCUUAAACUCCUCUCUGCGAAGGUUCUUGUCACCUCUAUGAAAUCUGUGUCCUCGGAAGACACUGCUGUUGGAGGGGGCGGAGCGGGCCCUGGAGGCGCAGCUGAGGGUGGUUCAGGCGUAGGCGCGGGUGUUAGUGGUGCAAAAGCAGAAGCAGCUACAGAUUUUGCGGAGUUGUUGCGAGACUACAUCAGUCACUUGGAGGAUGAGGCAAUAAUUCUGGAUGUCACUUUUUUCAAUGAUCAGGUGACCAAAACGCGCUCCUGGAAGGACUAUCGCUCCAACUUCACUCUAACCUCUAAGUACCUCGAGAAUGUAAAAAAUGGCUUCUACCCUUUUCUUGGAUACCACUUUGGCUCUGUGGCAGCUGAACAAGAAGAAGAGGAGGAGGGUUCAGCGGGACCUGCGGGAGGUGUCUCUACUACUGCUGUUAUCGAUGGAACAGGAAGUGGAGGGCAGCCUGUCAUGGCAACUGCUUCUUCUGGAGUAAUCUCUAAUGCUGCGUCAUCCACCACCUCUCGAAAACAUUCUGCUAGCGUUGUCAGCGCUACAGAUACUCCACCACGUCUUCUCUCGGCCACUCGCGAGUUUUCAUCGGAGGGUGCUAAGGUCGAUGACUUCCCCGAGCUCCCUCUCACCUCCUCAGCUGCUGUCGCUGCUGCUGCCGCUGCAGCAGCUUCGUUAGUGGUCAGCGCGGGGUUCGAGUCAGUGCCAGGUGAUGCAGAGAUAAGACGCCGCUCUCUCCCAAACUCCGUAGCAGAUCGCCUUAUUUCCACGAGUCAGCUGAAGGAGUACGUGCAAACCAUGCUGACGGGUGUUGGUGUGGCCCCACCGCCUGUGUCUGAUGCGGAUACUGUUGCGCUCACCGCCGGUGGGACAGUGACGAACACCGUGCUCAACGCGCCAAGUAGUGUGAUUCAGCAGCCUUACGCUCUGCUCCAACAAACCGCAACUAAUGUUCGUGAAAAGCGCAUUCGCCAACAGUCUGCUUGCGUCUGCGGAAGUAAUGAAGUCUGCCCUUUAGGCCCCGCUGCACUGGGCACGGAUGCUUCUCGCACUAAGCCGACUGGUCGGAACAUACCUCACACACCGCACACCAGCAUUGCCUCCACUCUGACACAAAGUGGAGCACUUUCUCUUGCCUCGGCCAUGGAUGUAGUUCCUCCGCAACACCCUACUUUUAAUUCCUCUGCUCCUGAUACUGCAAUUCCUGCUCCCGAUGCCGGCGCUGCAGGGACGCAGGAAGCGGAGGAUGACGAAGGCGAUGCUGAGAUCUCCGAAGAGGAUGAUGAUGAUCAGAAUGAUUCCGAUGACGAUGAUGAUGACGAGGACGAUGAGGAAAGUGGAACUAAGGGCGGCUCACAGGGCGUUGAGAAGGGUUGUGAUGGCGCCCCUCAAGUUGUCCAUGUUCCUCCACCUUCUCAGCCGCCCACCACCCCUGCUCUCUUCACUCACUGCCAAUACGCCUACAUUGGAGUAGGGCGUUGGCAGGUGUAUGUGCAGAUGUGGUUCGUCGAGGAUAGGUUGAAACGAGAAGCCUAUCUUCAAGUGUUGGAAAAUGAAUGGCAUGACUACGACCGGAUAGCAGAUCUUUUUGAGGGGUCCAAGUGCUUAAGUGGAGGGGACAAAAGUAUUCUGAUUCGACUCCUCGCCAUGGCACGGCACAACAUACCUCUGGUGGAAGGGGAACUUAUUUACCCUUGCUACGGACCUCAGUGCAAUGGCAGCAUCUACGCACAGGAAUUGUACUCCAAGCUAGUCACUUUGCAUUUGCAUCAACAGGCACAAGAGCUGAUUGCGCGAGUCUCUUUGAACGGUGCUGCUCACAUAAUGCCCGUCGCAGAUACCACUGCGUCCCCACAAUACCAGCCCAAGACACCUGCAGCGGCGCAGUCGGCUACUCAAGUAAAUCCAACUAAUGCUACCGCUCCCGUAGCCGCGUCAGUGGCUGAACUAGUCGAUACCAACUCAGCGACCGCUGCAAUGCCAGUCUUGCUCCCCUCUGGUGCCAUGACGACUGCCUCCGAUCCUUGUCGCUCCUCCCUGCCACCCUCACAGCAAGAUCCUGACUUUUGCCCUCACGACCUUGCCGACAAAGCAGAGGGGUUGGAGGCACCCAUUCAUAUGAAUGGCGAUGUGCAGAUUCGACCACCACCCCCGCCAGCGCGACAGCCAGUGACCACAGAAGGGGGUGCAAUUGGUGGAACAACCGUUUCAGCCACGGUGAUGGCCUCCUCUACCUCGGAUUUGAACCCCCCAAAAGUUGCGUCAUUAAAUACAUCCAUGAGACCCAAUAACAAUCAAGACAUCAUAGAGAUGUUGGAUGUGGGAGCGCUGGCACCCCAGAACGCCACUUGUGCCCUCUGUGAUCGACAUGACUACCUCCAUCGCACUGACUUGCCCAACUACCUCACCUCUCCCUGCUACCACUGCCGUGAAAGUCUAGCUCGAGACGCUAAAAUCACUCCCGAGGAUCUCUUUGAUCUGCAUCUCCAACACAAUGUGCCCUGGCCGGCCUUUCUUCAGGCGCGUUUUAACAUUCCUUCGGACGGUCGUUCACUGAAAGAACUCAUUGCUUACGACUGUCGCUGGCGCGGACGCGAGCCCUGUACCUGUCUGCCGGACUCUGGACCGCUUCCACCUUGUGUGGAGUUUCCCUGGUUUUACAAUGACCCUUCCGCCACCUCCACUGCCGUUAUCAAUGCUUCACCUCAGCUCUCCCCCGAUCCCGCCCGUCCCGCCUCCGAAGUCCCUUUCAGUACAGUUCCAUCCCUCUCCACAACCGCAACUGACGCCAAAAUUGGCGAUGCAGGUCAUCCUACCGUUACAACACCACAAGCCGCGGCACAACAACCCAAAACCCCUCAGGCGGAUAGCGCAGCCCCCUCUAAGCAUCAGCACUCGCAUUCACCUCUCAUCCCAUGCUCUUCUCGUCACGCCAGAGGCUCAUUGGGUCCGCCUCAAUGCUGUGAUCCGACAGGCCGUUCUAAAGACGUCACACAGCCAGGGAUAGCUGGACACCAGCACAUCCCUCAGUCAAUCAGGUCUUCCUCGGAGCCCCAACCUCCCGUCGCGGACGCACAGAAAUUGUAA